AUGGAGCCAAUCGCAAGUCAGAGUACCGAGAUGCGCAUCUAUAACUUCGAUUCUUCCGACAAAGUCCUUGGCAUCGACGACCAAAUUGGGAAGUCCGUGGAGAAUUACGGAUGCCGCCAAAUCAUCGGUCACAGAGGCGACUUCCACCUCAUCAUGAAGGACUUCGCUCUCGAACAGGGCGUCAAAAUCCGGCUUGGCGAGCGAGUCGAAGUCUACGAUCCCAGUCAACCUAGCAUAACCCUUUCCUCAGGAGAAAUAAUUCAAUCAGAUGUCGUCAUCAUCGCGGACGGCGUCAGAAGCAAGGGACGCACGACUGUGCUGGGUUAUGAAGAUAAACCUCAGGCAAGCGGAUACGCCAUCUACCGAUCAUUCAUGAGCGGUGACCUCCUUCGCGACGACCCUUUGACCAACGUUGGGGACGUCGCGGAGAGUUGGACUAAAGAGGCCACCAAAGAUGAUGUAUUGGCAUGUCUAGAAGGAUGGGAUCCUGCUGUCAGAAGAGUGUGGGAAAAGAUGCCUUCAGUCAUUGACUGGAAGCUCGUGUACCGCCCUUGCCUCGACAAAUGGGUUGCAGACUCCGGGCUAAUUACUUUGAUGGGCGAUGCUGCACAUCCGUUUCUACCCACUUCGACUCAAGGUGCUAGUCAAGCCAUCGAAGACGGAGCCACCAUAGCCAAAUGUCUCUCAAAAUGUGCAGGCAAUAUCCCCCUAGCCUUGCAUACCUACUUCGAAAUCCGACACGACUACGUUGCCGAAGCACAGGCGACUGGGAUCAAGCAGAGAGAAAUAUGGCACAACUUGCAUGAUGAGGACAGCAAAGCUUUCAAGAAGGAAUUCGACAUCAACGCCACCAUGAUGCAGAAUCUGUAUCUUUGGAAAAACGAUGCUGAAAAAUUGGUCGAUGAGAAGUGGGAUGAGGUGUCGGAAAUUGUCAAGCAGAGGCUUAGUGUUAACAGUGGUUGA